AUGGCUCGCUAUAAAAAAGGCAAAGAACGGCAAGGCGUCGACAUGAUACCAAUUGAAAUUAUGAGAUCGCGGAUGGCCCGGUGCCUCUUGGCUUCAGGCUUCUUCAAUCAGGUCAUAAAAGCUAAGAGCAUGCCCCAUGACUGGUCAAAGAGCACAAGGACCUCGAUAUGGAAGAAUGAAGGCGAUAUCGCAGACUGUUUAACACGUCGGCCAAUCCGGCUGAUGAGCCGCAUUCCGAAGAUCUUCGAAAGAGUACUUGAAGCACGACCAGGAGCGAUUGAAUUGCCUCCCAGUGCGGUCUAG